ACUGAGGAGAAGAGGUCAAUGGGUGAGAGAGGUGCUUGCCGAACGCGCGAGAGCCUCGUUAAAUGAUAAUUUGACGUUAAGUAUCGAUCGGUAUCGAUCUUGGGGUUAUUGGGAUGGGGCAUUGGUCUCGGCGUUUCAUCGUACUACCCCUGUGAAAACGUAUACAAGUUACAUUGAAAUAAAUGACAGUCAGCGGCGAGCGAUAAAAUUUACCACAAUGAUUUUGAAAUAUCACAUUUUAGUACAUUGUUGUUAUUAUCUUGGGCCGAAGAAAUAUCAAAUUAUCGUUUAAAGUGCGAGCGAAGUUUCGGUUAUCGCGUUAUGUCGGGGCAGACGUUUUAUUGCGAGCUUUAGUGGUUUAAAAUUAAUGAAAAUUAGCGUCGUGCGUUGAGACGAGGCGCGGCCUCCGAGAAGAAGCCAUAGUCGCCAAGCCGUGUGACCGCGAAGGUUAACCUUUAGUGAAAUACCGUGGCCUUAAAAGAAUGUAUAUUAAGCGGCAAAUGGGUCGCCGAUGAUAACGAGAAUCGCAACAAUUGUAAGAGGGAGAGAGAGAGAGAGAGAGAGAGAGAGAGAGAUUUUAUCAAAGCGAGCUUUAUAGGUGGGCGAACGGAGGAAAAAUCUCGCGGUGCACGGGUUAAUCGCCGGUGUCGCCGUCUGCCGUAUUAAUCCGAAUAAGCUGCGUGCGCGCGGCGGACUUGAGCGACGUGGGAUUCGACCUCGUGUUAUUGGUAAACGAGCGACACUCCUCGGUAGCAAGGAUUAUUGUUCGCGGGAGGUGUUAAUACGCGGGCAUGGAAAUAAUCGGCGGCACCUCGAGCACGCUGUCCAAGUGGCAGGUUGCUUUGAUUGUCGGUGCGCCGGUCGUCCUGGGAAUCGGUUAUGUAUACUUUAGGAAUAAGGACACGUCGAAAAAGAAGCCGGGCAAGAGUAAAGAGAAAAAGCUAGCCACUCUGAACAAACAAGAAAAGCAGAAAUCUCUUAUAGAGUCGUCAAGAACACCACUGGGACAGGCAAAUGCAUUCAAAUCAAAGGGGAAUCAAUUUUUUAAUAUAGGAAAGUAUGACGAAGCUAUUUGUAAUUAUAAUAUGGCUAUCGAUACAUGUCCAAAAGAAAAUUCCGAAGAACUUGCCACAUUCUAUCAAAAUCGAGCAGCGGCUUACGAGAAAUUGCAAAAGUUUAGCGCAGUUAAGGCCGACUGUACUCAAGCACUCGAAUUGAACCCUAAAUAUAUUAAGGCUUUAACGCGUAGAGCAAGAGUCCUGGAAUUAUCUAAUGAUUUAGAGACAGCUUUAGAAGAUAUGACACUCGCUUAUUUCCUGGAGAACUUUUCGAAUGAAAGCACAUUAUGCGAAGCGGAUAAAAUAUUAAGGAAACUUAGUCUAAAGAAUACACAGGAGUAUGUGCAAAACAGAAAACCUCUUAUGCCCAGUAAAUACUUUAUUAACAAUUAUUUGUCAGGCUUUAACAAUGAUCCUAUUCUAAAUGAAAUGAAAACUUCAUCGCUCGACGAGAGCACGCCAUAUAACCGAGCAUUAUUAGCAUUAAAGAAUCAAGAAUAUGACAAUAUAAUACCCCUCUGCACGGAAGCGUUAAAUAAUCUUAGCUCAGAUGACGAUUCAUUGAACAAAUUGAAAAUUACUUUAUUAAGAACCACAUUUUAUAUACUUUGUCAAAAUAAUGAGGCUUUAGCCGAACUUAAUACAAUUAUUGACAGCGAUAAGUGCACUCCAGAACUGAAAGUCAAUGCUUUAAUUAAAAGAGCAAAUUUGUAUAUACAACUUGACGAUUUAAAAAGAAGUUUUGAAGAUUUAACAGAAGCUGAAAAAAUUGAUCCACAGUGUGGUGACAUUUAUCACAAUCGAGGACAGAUUCAUUUUGUUUUAGAAAAUUUUAAAGAAGCAAGCAAGGACUUUAAAAGAUCUGUAGAACUUAAUCCAGAUUUCGGUAUAACAUUUGCACAGAAAUGUUACAUGGAUUAUCAUUACUCCAAAUUGAUAUCCGAUACGAAUUUAGCGAAAGAUGUAAUAAGCGACUUCAAAGAAUCAUUUGAAAAAUUUCCAGAUUGCAUACAUUGCUAUAUUUUGUAUGGCCAGGCAUUAAUGACUGAUAAUGAAUACGAAAAAGCAGAUAUGUACUUUACCGAAGCUUUAAAGAUGGAUCCUAACAAUGCCACAGUUUAUAUAUACAGAGGAUUGAUAUGUUUGAGAUGGAAAAAUGAUACUGAAAAAGCCAUAGAGUUUAUUCAUAAAGCAUUAGAAUUUGAUGACAAAUGUGAAUACGCAUAUGAUGUUUUAGGCACAAUGGAGGUUCAACGAGGAAACUUAAAAUAUGCAAUAAGUCUUUUCGAUAAAGCAAUACCAUUGGCACGUACUCUUCAUGAAAUAACACAAACUUUUAACUUACGGGAUAUUACCAAAUCUCAGCUUAUGGUGUCAGAAAGAUUAGGAACUGGAUUUGAGCACAUAAUCAAAUUUUAAGAUUAUUAAUUAAACAAAAAGGGAAUAAUGAAAUUGCCAGAAUAGCGACAUUUACAAAUGACAUUUAAUCAAGACGAGAAACUAUUGAGAAAAAGUCGAAAUAACGAAUUACGAUAAAAUACUUCUUGUAAAAUAAAAUUUGUAUUUAGCUGGUUUCUUAAAUGAAUUAAUUGAAUU